CCUCGCGUACAAUAUGGACAGGCGAGAGUUCACAGCCUCCCUUGUGGCAGGCGGUUGUGCGGGAAUGUGUGUAGAUCUCACUCUCUACCCUCUGGACACCAUAAAGACAAGGUUGCAGAGCCAGCAGGGCUUCUACAAGGCGGGAGGUUUCAGAGGGAUCUAUGCAGGGGUCCCGUCAGCUGCCAUAGGCUCCUUUCCCAAUGCUGCUGCAUUCUUCGUCACCUAUGAAAGCACCAAGUCGUUAUUCACAGGCUACAGUGCUACAAACUUGGCCCCCAUCACUCACAUGCUGGCUGCUUCACUAGGAGAAAUUGUCGCCUGUCUGAUCCGUGUCCCGACUGAAGUAGUAAAGCAGAGGACACAGGCCAAUCCCUCUCUCAAUACCUACAGGGUGCUGCUGAAUACACUACAAGAAGAGGGUUUCAGAGGCUUGUACAGAGGUUAUGGCAGUACAGUACUUAGGGAGAUCCCAUUCUCGCUGGUUCAGUUUCCACUCUGGGAGUACCUAAAGGCCGUGUGGUGGAGGAGGCAGGGGGGACGGCUGGACUCUUGGCAGGCAGCAGUGUGCGGAGCUCUUGCAGGCGGAGUAGCAGCGUUCGUCACGACUCCGCUAGAUGUUGCGAAGACUUGGAUAAUGUUGGCUAAGGCUGGGACGAGCACAGCCAGUGGAAACAUCCCAGAGGUUUUGUAUGAGGUGUGGAGGAGCCGAGGAAUACCUGGGCUGUUUGCCGGCAGCAUCCCCAGACUGACGUUCAUCAGCAUGGGAGGCUUCAUUUUCCUCGGAGCAUAUGAGAAAGUGCGCCGUACGCUUUUAUAAACACCAUCAUUACAGGACGCUGUGGAUCGGGUUGUAUUGCACUGGUUUCUUCAACCAGACCAGGAGCAAAUAGCAAACUAAAGAUCAGUGGAGGUCGGUCAAAUCUGACUGAGAAACGCACCCUCUGUCCCAGUCUUGAGGGCCACGGCGAGGCCACGGCGAGGACACCUGGUGCCUGGAUAAAAAGAUCACACAACACAAUGGUUUGCAUUCCUACUCUUCAGUGCACAACAGAUUGAGUUGAACUGCCUGAAUUCCACUUAUGUUGCAACACAGAUCAAAUUCAAACUAGAUAUCAUUUUUGCAAGCUUAAAAAAUUAAUUUUACGGCUGUUUGUAUUAAAAUAUGACUGUGCUGGUAUUUAUAUACUGAGCUCAUCAGUAACAAAGUUUAAAUGCGUUACCAAUAUUAUUCCAGUGGAUUAUCAUUACAUGUUGAGUCUAGACUUUGAUCCCCUAGCUUGCUCUACCUGCUUCACUAUUAUUAGCUGGAAAAGACAGAUUAGUCCACAGGUGUGAAUGUUUGUCAGACCUGUCAAGAAGUGUGGGGCACAAGAACAACACAGAGCAUUUGACUCCAGCCCUGCAGCUCUUAGUCAACAACCACCUUUCACUGGAAUGUGCUUCCUGUCCAAACACACAACUCAAACAAUACUGAUGAACGAGUGAAGAGCAACGCUGUCCUUGACUUGUUAAAUGUAUAAUAUCAUAAAGGUCCACUGAAAUAAGCAACAGGGUUGCAAAUUUAGCUAAACA